AUGGCUUCAGCAAAAAGCGUUGUGCCAGCUGCUGACCUCCAGUCAUUUACUGAAUAUCUGGGAGGCUGCAAACGUAUCGUUGCUCUUCUUGGAGCUGGAAUCUCAGCAUCAUCAGGCUUGCCCACCUUCCGUGGCGCAGGCGGACUCUGGCGUUCCCACGAUGCAACCUCCCUCGCGACUCCAGAAGCCUUCGAUGAGACCCCUGGUCUGGUAUGGCAGUUUUACAGCUAUCGACGACACAUGGCCUUGCAGGCUCAGCCCAACAAAGCACACUACGCCUUAGCGGAGCUAUCGCGAAGGAAUGAAGACUUCAUCACUUUGAGUCAAAACGUUGACGGUCUCUCCCAGCGAGCGGGCCAUCCCUCAAAGCAACUACACCUCCUUCACGGCACUCUGUUCAACGUAAAAUGCACCAAUUUUUAUUGCAACCACAGCGAAGACAAUUACACAGACCCCAUAGUUCCUGCCCUCGAAAUCCCAAAGAAGAGUUCAGGCCUCAACCCCUCUGCGACCGACAAGACUGGCGAGGAAGCGUCGAAAGCGAUCGUAGAGGCACUAGAUGAGACAAGCAACGAAAUCGACAUAUCCGAUGCCAGCAAUCCCAUCGCCGCAGUGAACAGAAAGGACCUACCUCAAUGCCCGAAAUGCAAGGAUGGCUUGCUCCGGCCUGGAGUUGUGUGGUUUGGAGAACCCCUACCGGAGAAAACGCUCAGUACUGUCGAUAAGUGGAUCGCGGCGGGUCCGAUCGACCUAUGUUUGGUGAUUGGCACCAGUGCGAGGAUCUGGCCGGCUGCGGGGUAUGUCCAUGAGGCUCGUUCACAGGGUGCCCGAGUUGCUGUGUGUAAUAUGGACCCCAAGGAUACACCGGGUGAGCUUCAUUACGGUGACUGGUUCUUCCAGGGAGAUGCGGGUGUUAUUUUGCCUGAGAUACUCAAGAGCGUUAUUGGCGAGAUCUGA